AUGAGGAGGUUGAAUCGAAAGAAAGCCGUUAAUCUGGUGAAAGAGCUGGAUGCCUUUCCCAAAGUGCCAGAGAGUUGUGUGAAAACAUCUGCGGUUGGAGGAACAGUGUCUUUGAUAGUUUUCGUUGCCAUGGCUACGCUGACCCUCUUUGAGUUUUUUGUGUAUCAAGACACAUGGGUGAAGUAUGAAUAUGAGGUGGAUAAAGAUUUUUCCAGUAAAUUAAGAAUAAAUAUAGACAUUACCGUCGCAAUGAAAUGCAACAGGAUUGGUGCAGAUGUGUUAGACAGAUCUCACACGACAGUUGUAUCUGAGGGACUUCAGUAUGAGCCUGCUGCCUUCGAACUCUCUCCUCAGCAGGCACUGUGGCAGCAGUCUGUCGUGCAUGUCCAGGGCAGGCUGAAAGAGGAACACAGUCUUGGGAGUGUUUUAUUCAGACAUGCUUUACAAGGCCGUCCUGCUGACCCGCUGCCGAACAAGUCUGCUCCUGUCUCUGGGAACGCCUGCAGGAUACAUGGCCACCUCUACGUCAACAAAGUGGCGGGAAACUUCCAUAUUACACUGGGAAAGCCACUGAGUAAUUCCAGACACCACACCCACAUUGCAGCCCUGUAUAAAAAUGAAGUGCAAAACUUCUCCCAUCGAAUAGAGCAUCUCUCUUUUGGAGAGGGAGGGCGUGAGAUCAUUAAUCCUCUGGAUGCCACAGAAAAAAUCACCACACAGGAGAAUCAUCUGUUUCAGUAUUUUGUUACCGUGGUGCCAACCAAACUUCACACAUCACAGCAGUCUGUGGAUACACAUCAAUACUCAGUCACUGAGAGGGAGCGAGUGAUCAACCACACUACAGGCCGUCAUGGUUUGGCUGGGAUUUUUGUGAGGUAUAAGUUGAGUGCUCUGAUGGUGCGAGUGAGUGAACAGCACAUGCCCAUGAGUGUCUUCCUCACACGGCUCUGUGGAAUCAUUGGAGGGCUCUUUUCAACCUCAGACUUGCUCCACAGACUGGUUGGCUUCUUUGUGGACAUUGUCUGCUGCUAUUUUAAAGUGGGUUCUUAUAAAUAUAAAGAGGGUGCACCUGAAGUUAUGGUCAGCUGUGUGAGCACCUCAUUCCCUCAGGAAUAA